AUGCUACCCAGCUCGAGUGACCGGAUUCGGACAGUCGAGACGCAAGCCAAGGAUGGGUUGGCGGCAGUGGAGAAUCAAGAGUGGACGGCUAGAAAUGGUAUCCGAUCGCCUGGAGCUCGGUCAGUGGAACGAGACUGGACUGAGGCGAAUGAAUAUGCCGAAAGGAACAGACAAAGGAGAGAAGAAGAUAAGACAAAGGAUCAACAACCAUUGGAGCCGGACAGGAGGGCGCCAGCAGAGUCCACGGGUCGUAGCAGCUAUGAGUCUCUGUGUCAUGCUGAGCGAACGUCUGACUGGGAAGGCGAGAGAAGGGCUCAGCAACGGGUCAGCGCAGCCGGGCUGGACGAACAAAGGGAAGAAGAGCUACGCUCCAAACAGAUGAGUCAACAACUGCAGAAACGACUGGCUUCGUCAGGCAGGAAGUCGUUAGAUUCGGACAAUGACUUGCCUGGAGGUGAGUAG